UUUCAUUCAUAACCUCUGAAAUAAACGUAAAUGUCAAAGUAAGUUGUUGAUACCAACAUUACGCGACUAAUCCAAAUUGUAGCCGGUGUUGCCGUGUAGUUGAAGCUUCGUAUGGUGAAUAAUUCAAUUCAUCUCGAAAAUUAUAAGGAAUUCCGUGUGUACGUGACCCAUUUACGUUUAUGCGGCUUCAACCAAUCUGCGACUGUCGAGCGAGAAGGGAUUUUUGUUGCAAGCGCAUCUUAGUCGGCGGCCAUUUUACUGAUAAUGUUUUCACAUAAUUAUUUUGUGUUAUACGUUUGUUAUUUUAUAAUUUGUCAAAACGAUCGCGCAGAAAUAACUAUGAUCGCAAAGGUGAAACUGUAUUGAACAAAUAAAUACUUUCUAAAACUGGUGGAAUCGUGUGAAAUUGUGAUGAAAAUUUGUUGAUUGGACAUCGUGUUUUUGAUUUAUAAAAAGACUAUGUCGGUGGCCGAGGAUGAUGCUGGUGCCCCUGCGGGCGGUAUAGCGAUACAGGUUUUUCGUCCUACAUGGGAUGAAUUCAAGGAUUUUAACAAAUACAUACAGUAUAUGGAGUCGAAAGGUGCCCAUAAAGCUGGACUCGCUAAAGUGAUACCCCCGCCUGAGUGGGUCCCUCGGAAGGCUGGUUACGACCUUGAGCAGCUAAACGUGACUAUACCUGCGCCCAUCUGCCAAGUGGUCACCGGUAAGCAAGGUUUGUUUCAACAGAUAAACAUACAGAAAAAGUCGAUGACCGUAAAACAGUUUGCUGUGAUGGCCAACUCUGCUAAGUAUUGCACUCCUCGGCAUAUCAACUACGACGACUUGGAGAGGAAAUACUGGAAAAAUGUAACGUAUGUAGCUCCAAUCUAUGGAGCUGAUGUAAAUGGUAGCAUCACAGAUCCAGAUGUAAAAGAGUGGAAUAUAAAUAACCUUGGCACAAUUCUGGAUUUUGUAAAUUCCGACUAUGGGAUUGAGAUUGAUGGUGUCAACACAGCAUAUCUUUAUUUUGGUAUGUGGAAAACAACAUUCGCAUGGCACACUGAGGAUAUGGAUUUGUAUUCUAUAAAUUAUUUACAUUUUGGUGAUCCCAAAACAUGGUAUGCUAUACCACCAGAGCAUGGGAAGAGGUUUGAAAGAAUAGCAGCGGGAUUUUUCCCAACAUCGGCAAAGACGUGCCAAGCAUUUUUAAGACAUAAAAUGACUUUAAUAUCUCCUCAAAUAUUAAAGCAAUACUCAGUACCUGUUAACAAAGUGACACAAGAAGCUGGUGAGAUUAUGAUUACUUUUCCAUAUGGGUAUCAUGCUGGUUUUAACCAUGGCUUUAAUUGUGCUGAAUCAACCAACUUUGCUGCCCCAAGAUGGGUAGAAUAUGGAAAACGAGCAACACAGUGCACAUGUAGUAAUGAUAUGGUCAAAAUAUCUAUGGACACUUUUGUUAAAAGAUUCCAGCCUGACAGAUAUGAAUUAUGGCUUAAAGGACAAGAUAUAGGCUGUCAUCCAGAACAACCUGAGAAGAUGGUACCUGCCCCUCAUCCAUCUGGUAAAGAUAUUCUUUGCAAUAAGAACAAUACAGAACUACCAGAAUCUUUCAUUGAAGCUGAGGUUGAGGGUUUGAAGAAGAAGAAACGUCAUCCGCUUCAUCUCAAACGAGCAAUGGCGAGUAAGAGUAUAUCUGAGGGUGCAAUUGCAGUGUCUAUUUUAGGCCAUGAUGUCAUGGAUGAUGAUGAAAUGACAAUGGCUGAGGGUGACUUAGACAUGAUGACAUCAAUGAAAAGACCUAUAAUGCCAAUACAGCCAGAUGACACACAGUUAGAUGCACUUGAAGACAUUUGGUUGAAAGGAGAUGAGAUGGACCCAUCAGAAGCCCAACUUCCUGAUGUUGGGUACAUUGACUCUGAUCGAGACUCAGACUAUGAGGCUCCCAAUAACAGAAAGAGUUCCAAAACUAGGAAAAAAAGGAAAGAUAGUUUAAAAAAAGAAUUGAAACCUAAGAAAGAUGAAGAGCCUAAAUUAACUGAGGUGGUGGUAGAAGAGAAAAGACCGCCAAAAACUAAAGGAAAGAAGGUAAAAACUAAGAAAUUAUCAGAAGAGCAAUUAGAAGAUAUGGCUGCAGUUGUAUCUAAUUGGGAAUCACCUCCACAUUUUGAUGAAUUAGGAAAAGAUAAAAUAAAUGAAGUUAUAGAUCCAUUGCAAGAGGCACAACCAUCAGUGGAAUUACCAUUGGAACCCCUGGUAGAAGAGAAAAAGGGAACAAAAAAACGUAAAUCCUCCACAAAAGAGGCAAAGGUUGAAAAACCCAAAAAAGAGAAGAUAAAGAAGGAACCUAAACCGAAGAAAACACCUGAUGAAUCCAAGGAAAAGAAACCCAGAAAGCCCCGCACUCCUAAAAAGUCCAACUCUAGUUUUGAAUACAAUUCUCCACUAACACCUGUAAUGUCAAGACAACAUAAACAAUAUGGCAAUCAGACAAAUCCGUCAACUGUAAGAACUUUUUCUACACUUACAUCAACAUCUACUCAUAAACCAGCCAUCGUCCCACCACAGGUUUCUUCAUCCACUAAGAAAUGUGACCUAUCUUUACCAAGCACUAGCAACAAGUUAGCCACACAUUUAGCAAAGCCACCUAUGUCUGCAACAAAGCCACCUAUUAUGACACCAGCUGCAAAGCCAAUGAGCACAGCACUCCGACAUCCCUUGUCAAAACCAUCAACAUCCACGUCCAAACCACUUUCACCACCCAAAUCAGUAGAUAUGAAACCUUAUACAUUACCUGAAGCCACUCCACGCGUGUCAAAUGUGCCACCACUAAACAAAAAUCCGAGCGCCUUUGAAGGUGAGUUUCACAAGUUCAUGAAUAAGUUCUCUAGUGCACCGGGAGGGCAACAAUUAGCCCAGCCAAGAAAAUCACCAUCAAAAGUAAAAGUGGAACUGGUUGAGCCCAAGGCUGAGAGCUGGCCCAUGCCUGUGGGACAGUACAAUGAUGCUAUUUUUAUAAACAAUCCUGUGGACUACCGCACGUACACACCUGCCAUGGACCGACAACCCACCAUGGAUAGGAGUACGUGGCGACCAGACUAUUACCAGCCGGAUUUGAUGCAGAAUGUUCAAUCAAUGUAUGGACAGAUGAAUUCUAAUCAAUAUUACAGAAGUCCGUACCAAUCUCCAUGGCAAUAUGGAUACCAAAAAGCUUGUUUGAACGUCCUAACGAAGCAGGAAGCAUCUCCAUGUGUGGAAAAGGAGGAAGUAAAGGUCGAGGUGGAGAGGUUCAUAGACCUGGCGCGGCAGAUGGAGGCGUUCUUUUUGCAAAAGAGGUUCCUUUUGUCUGCGAUGAAGCCGGAACUGUUAGUUAAAGAAGACAAUAACGAGUUAAAAUGCGAGCUCCAGAGGAAAGACGAGUUGUUGAAGCGGCAUUACGACAAGAUAUCACAGUGGCAAGGCCUGCUCGCUGAUCUGCAGGGCCACACCGUCUACAACAAAUGCCAGCAACAAACCUCGCAGCCGGCGCUGCAGCAAGCGGCUUCACCACGGCAGCAGCCUUGCAGCGUGCAGCAGAGUGUUCAGGCCCAACAGAUGGUGGCAGCGCAGCAGGCUGUGGCGUUGCAGCAACAGGCAGCGUUGCAGCAACAGCAGGUACCGCGGCCCCCGCACCCGCCUGCCUACCCCGCUAACGUGCAACGACGAUAGUUGUAUUGUAGUUUACACAAAAAAAACAUGGAUAUGUAAUCGUUCAGGCAAGAACGAAAUGGUAGGAUACGAACAACAUCAUUCAUCAAACGUUAUGUUGGAUGGUGCGUUACGUGUUACGCGUCUCUGCGUGUAGAAGAGGGAAUCUAUCGAUAAGCAUUAUUUUUCACGUCACCGAACGUUUCAGAGGUUAUGUAAUUAUUUUUUAGAAAGUGAAUUGGCGGCAUCGGUAAUGAAUAUUGAUACUGAAUAGUGCGAAUCGCUUGUUAUGUCAAUCGAGUAGGUAUAAAUUAUGUAAGGACCUAAAUUAACAAAAAGGCUGCGAUACGAUAAAAUAAUAUAAUUAAAAGUACGAAAAUAUUUUUGUGAAUUAAAAUUAGGGCACAAAAGAGUAAACAAAUAAAUAUUUUAAUAUCUAUUUAUAUUUCAAAGAAAUUGUAGAAAAUUAGAGAAUAAUGAGUAUAAUACACACAUAAUGUAUUUAAGCAGAGAGAACAUACGAUGUACUGUUAAGUUUUAAACCUUUUAAAGAAUAUUUCUGAUAUAACUUAAUAGAUAUUCCUCAGUAUAUUUUUAUACAGAGUACCUCAUCAACCGGGACGGUAUAUUUUUUAAUUUGUAUAAAUCGAAAUGUUUUCAUACAGUUUUGUUUACCAUUCUGAACUUUUGCUUUCUUACGAAUGCAAAUUCACAAAUGGACCAUUUUUAGGAUGGCAAAGUUUUUAUAUAUUUAACUAUUUUUAGAAAGACGUAGGCAGCGAAUGUUUCACAGCGAAUUUUGAAGUUUAUAAAAGGCACUUUUAAAAUAAAGAGGUGUGUCUCUUGUUGCGAGCAUUAUGUGCGAGGUUAUAAUCUAAAGUACAAUAAUAUAUUUUUAUUGUGCUGCAAUUCAAUACCAUGUGUGUACUUCGAUGAUUCAAAGAAUAUCGAACGAUAACUAAAGAAUUUAGUAGACAAUAAUAAUAUAUUAUAUGAGGCGCAACAUGCUUCGCAACUUUAUACGGCAUGUCUGGCAAGUAAUGUGGCGCGUCUUCUGGCAACUUGUCAGUUAUCGUUUUACCGUACAUAAUUGCCAAACGUGUUGCGCGUCACGAGUGCGCGCCGUUGUUGCCGUUGCCUGGUGGACACGAAGUUUAGAUUCAGUUUAUUUUCGUAUUAUAGAAUUUGUGGUAUGGCUUAAUAAUUUUCUCAUUUAUUUAGAAAUAUAAUUUGUAUUGAAAUUAUUUUA